CUAACUUUUGCAGCCUCUGUCAUUGGGAGAGCCGUUCACUUAAAUGCAGCUCCAGGAGGCUGUGUGAUACCCACCAGCAUCACUCACACUGUGACUUUGGGUUUGUAACCAUGGUCUCCAGCUUGAUCUUUCUACUUCUUUGUGGAAACAUUGCCCUAAACCUGGGAAAUGCACAGAAAUUGCCAAAAGGUAAAAGGCCAAACCUGAAAGUCUAUAUCAAUACCACAGGUGACUCCAUUCUCAUGAAGUUUCUUCGUCCAGAUCCAAAUACCAAAUUAGAAGGUUUUCUCUUGGGAUAUGGCAGCAAUUCACAUUCCAACCAAUACUUCCCAUUGCCUGCAGAAGGAAAGUCAUCUCAGGCUGAAGUUGAUGCAGAGCCUAAAUAUUUGAUAGUUGUACGACCUGUACCUCCUCCAAGCCAAAAGAAAAAAUGUUCAGGUAAAUCUCGUACUCGGCAACCUCUCCAAAUGGUAGUAGGCACUUUGUCACCAAGCUCAGUCUUUCUAUCUUGGGGUUUUCUCAUCAACCCGCAAUAUGAUUGGACCUUACCAAGUCAGUGUCCUAAUGACAGAUUAUAUACAGUUCGCUAUCGGGAAAAAGACAAAGAAAAAAAAUGGAUUUUCCAAAUAUGCCCAGCCACUGAAACAGUAGUUGAGAAUCUGAAGCCAAAUACUAUUUAUGAAUUUGGAGUGAAAGAUAAUUUAGAAGGUGGACUCUGGAGCAGGAUUUUUAAUCACAAGACUGUUGUAGGAACUAAAAAUAAAGGAAAUGGGAAAAUUCAAAGUACCUAUGACCAGACGCAUAUAGUGCCAGCAUACAUUCCAAAGAAGAUAAUUCCCAUCACAAUUAUUAAACAAGUAAUUCAGAAUGUCACACAUCGAGCAGCAUCAAAAUCUCCGGACAGGCCAUCUGUAGGAGGCACAAUACUAGUUCAUCUUAUCAUUCCUGGACUGAAUGAAACCACUCCAAAAGGUUCUCCACCUAUCAUGUUGGAUAUUUCUGAAACAGUCAAGACCCUGUUAGCUAAGAAUGAAACCUUGGCAAUACCUGUUGAAUCUAAAAUACCAGAAGAAGGAAAAAUACCAGCGCAGCCUGUACCAGUGACAAUGGAAACUGUUCAAAGAACCACAAGCCCUACUAUGACCAGUGUCAUAGAAAUUUCAGAAACAACUUUGGCUCCAAACAAGCUUCCAGAAUUCCCUCAAGCCAAAACACCAUUCUCUCUGGCAAAACCUAGAGCAACAUUGGCUUCAGAUCAGAUACAAUGGAUUGUGCCUACAGCCAAAACAUCUGAUGGUCUGAAAGUUCUACAGCCCCACCCUGCAACUCAUGAUAUGCAGCCUGUUCUCUCAAGUACCCCAACAACAGAUGAGCCUGAAAUAUCCAUCACCCAAACAGCAGCAACAACAACUCUGGACUCUGCCCCAUCUAAAACUUCUAGAACAAUUGAACAGCCAAGGGCCACACUGGCUCCAAAUGAAGUGCCACUUCUUCCUCAAAAACCGAAAAUAUAUGCCAGUCCUGAAAUACAACAUACUACACUUGCUUCCACACAAACCACAUCCAUUCCUUCUACACCUAAGCGACGACGCCCCAUUAUCAGACCGACAGGAAGCAAACGUGUGAUAAGCUCAACCAUUUCAGAAUCUACACCAAAGCCCAAACCAACUUCUCAUGGACUUAAGAGGCCAACAGCAACACUGGUUCCUAAAGAAAUAUUUCCUGUUCCCCCCAAACCAACAACUCCCCCAGGCCCAGAAGUAUCACAACUAACUCCUGCCCAGGAGUCUGUUAGUGCUGAAACUACAUCAGCACCAUCUUCACCACGGUCACCGACAACAAUAGCUCUACCAAAAACAAAAAGGCCAGGUCAUCGUCGGCGUCCUAAAACCACACCUUCUCCCAAAGCAUCUCUCACCCAAUCCGCCCUGGAAUCUGUUACACUAACUACUGAAACAACCAAGACUACACUAGCUUCCAAAUCUCCCAGGUCCAAAACUAGAAGUCGUAAGGUUAAAACCACACCACGUACAUCUACAAUACAGACCAUAUCUGCAUAUGAACCUGUUACACAUAGGACAGAGGCAUCAAUGACAACUCUGGCUUCACAGUUGGACCAAUCAUCACCACAUACUGAUCCCCAACUUAAAAGGACACUAAGUCCAGAUGUGCCAGAGAUCAAAACUGCCCCAGGACCAGGGACAGUUAUAAUAACUCAUUCUCCAACAACAACAUUAGUCAUGGAAUCGUCAACAUUCAAAACUGAUACCAUGGUAACAACAAUAGCCCCAGGACCAGGGACAGUUAUAAUAACUCAUUCUCCAACAACAACAUUAGCUAAAAUAAAAACAAAGCCUUCUCAUCGAAAGCGUCCUAGACCUAAAACUACAGUGAAACCAGAGAAAUCACAAACCAAAUCUGUUCUUACUACAGCUUUAGAACCUGCCACCCUUAGAACUGUGACUCCAGCAGCAACAUUAGCACCCAAAGUACCUACAAAGACACGGCGCCCACGCCCAGGCCCUGGCCCACAUCCACGCCCUCACCCUCGCCCACGCCUACCCCAAACUACUACACCAAGUACUGAAGUACCUCAAACCAAACCUGCUCCCACAGAAGUGCAAACUAAUCUUUUCCAAACAACAUCACCAUACCUAGAAAAACCACCGAUUACACCUGCUCACAAACCAAUUAAACAAAAUCGAACAAAGUCACCUUCACAUUCCAAGCUUAAAACAACUCCAAGUCUACCUGUACCUCAAACCAAACCUGUUUCUAAAAUAGAACUGGAAUCCGUUGCAUUUAGCACUACUUCACCAAAGGCAACUAUAGCUCCAAAAGGACCACAUUAUGUACAUCCUAUACCCAAAACAUCACAGAGUCCUGAUGAGCAACAAACCAAAGCUGUCCUGGAAUCUAUUACCUAUGUAUCUGAGCCACCCAUGGAAACAAUAGCUUCCAUAGAGACAACACCUGUGCCUUCCAAAACUUUAGCACUGCCCAAGCCAGAUGCACCACAGACAAAAACUGCUCCAAAAAAGACAACACAUGCUCCACCCAAAAUGAAAACAACCCCAGCUUCAGUCAAGCCUGCUACUAAGGUUUCCCGACCUGUCACUUCAAAACCGAAAAUAUCACCAAGACCACAUGCAUCAUCAACUCUACCUGCUCCCACAGAAAGACAUAUCUCUUCUUCAUCUCAGCCAUCCCUGAGUCCUAUUGUAUCUCCAACCACCUCUGUCCCAGAAGAAAAUACUAUCAGAAUCAAGCAACCAAAGACAACUUUAGCCCCAAUAACCAUCACAUUGAGAACAGCAACACCAACAAUAGCUCCCAAAGAUGUACAUAAACCAGAUUCAGAUGUUUCUCAGACCAAGCCUGUCCUGGAACCUGUUACAUUUAAAAUUGAACCAUCAAAGCCAACAAUGGCUCCCAUAGGGACAAAAAGCAUUCCUGUUAAGCCUAAGAUUUCACCAAGUCCAAGUCAAGAUGUACUACAAACCACACUGGCAAAAACAGUUCAUUCCACUCAGGAACCAGCCACCACAAAGAUUCCUCGAAAACCUAAACGAACAAAGACAACUCAGGCACCAAAUAAAGUGUACACUACUACUAUAAGAAAGAGACCUGUCAGACCUGACAAAAAUAGGACAAUUGCAGGAGCUGAUAGAUUCAAACCCAAUGGAAUUUCUCAAGACACAGAUUACAUCAAACCAAGCUCUGGAGAUAUUAACAAGCAUAUCAGUGCCCCCAAAAAUGUUUCACUUGAUGCUACCAAAAAACCAGGUACAGUGGCCAAGACUCAUCAUCCCAUCUUGCCACCUCCUAAGCCAACCCGAAGAAAACUUCAACCACAAAAUGUGACUGGCAAGCCAGGAAGUACAGGAACCAUCUUGUUACCACGAGUAACAUCCCCUCCUCCAAAGGUGACAGUCAAACCUACUGGCCCCACUAUGCCAAAGAAGAUUGAAACAGAGAAAAAGCAGCCAACUGCCUCUGUUACAGGAGAAUAUGGUAAUUUGACUGACUUUAGCUCAAGCCCUACAAGAGAGACUGAUUCUCUGGGAAAUCAGCGGUUUGUGGCUCCUCAUGUGCGAUACAUUCCAAAGCCUGAGAACGAGCCCUGUUCUAUCACUGAUUCUAUGAAGCGGUUCCCAACAGAGGAGGUAUCAGAGGAGAGCCCCACAAGCCCGCCCCAGAAUCCUCCGACCAACCUCACUGUGGUCACAGUAGAAGGAUGCUCAUCAUUCGUCAUACUCGACUGGGAGAAGCCACAAAAUGAUACUGUCACUGAAUAUGAAAUUAGAUCCAAAGAAAAUGGAGCGCCCACUGGGAAGAAGGAGUCUAUUCAAACUACAAAUCAAACUUUCUCCACAAUAGAAAAUCUAAAGCCAAACACCAGUUAUGAAUUCCAGGUGACACCCAGAAACCCUCUUGGUGAAGGCCCACCUAGCACAACUGUGUCAUUCAGUACUGAAUCAGCGGAUCCAAGAGUGAGUGAGCCAAUUUCAGCAGGAAGAGAUGCCAUCUGGACUGAAAUACCUUUUAAGUCAGACUCUUAUUCAGAAUGCAAAGGCAAACAGUAUGUCAAGAGAACUUGGUAUAAGAAGUUUGUAGGUGUGCAGCUAUGCAAUUCUUUGAGAUACAAGAUUUAUCUGAGUGAUUCACUCACAGGAAAAUUUUACAACAUAGGAGAUCAGAGAGGACAUGGGGAAGAUCACUGUCAGUUUGUGGAUUCCUUUUUAGAUGGCCGAACUGGACAACAACUCAACUCUGAUCAGCUGCCAAUCAAAGAAGGCUACUUUAGAGCAGUUCGCCAAGAACCAGUCCAAUUUGGAGAAAUAGGUGGUUACACACAGAUCAACUAUGUCCAAUGGUAUGAAUGUGGAACUACGAUACCUGGAAAAUGGUAAAUGUGCUACAGUAGUGAUGAAAGAUGCCUUCUU